AUGAUCACUCCACUUACGACCAUCGCCGCCUUCUCCCGCGCCGGCCGCCUCGCCGACGCUUCACAUACCCUCUCCGACGCUCUCCGAUCCAUCGACGGCCCCCCCGAUGCUUCCCUCUACAACCCCCUAAUCCACGCCUUCGCUCGCCGCGGUGACCACCGCGGCGCCGUGGAUUGCUACGACGCCAUGAUCGAAGCUCGCGUGAAACCCGAUACGCAUACCAUCAAUAUCCUGAUCAACAGCUCUUGCCGGAACUCCGAUUUCAAUUCCGCCCUAAAAUGGUUUCGAGAGAUGAGAUCGAAGAACUUGGAACCCAAUGUGGUCAGUUUCAAUACUCUGAUAGCCGGAUUUAUGAGGGAGAAGAAAUUCGAGGAAGGGAUUAGCGCUGCGCGCGAGAUGAUCCAGCUUGGCUUUCGACCAUCGUCUUCCACCUGCGAGAUUCUGAUUCGUGGGCUCUGCAGGGAUGGAAGAAGCGAAGAAGCGUGCGAGCUUGUCAUGGAUUUCAUGGCGAUGGGGAUUGUUCCGGAGGAUUUCGAUUCGUUGGGGCUGAUUGAGAGGCUUUGCGGGGAAGGGAAGGUGGGGAAAGGGUUGGAGAUUGUACAAUUGUUUUGGGAGAAGGGGAGGAAGGUGGGAGUGGUGACCUGCACUACUUUGAUUGAAGGUUUGAGGAACUUGGGCGAAGUGGAAGAAGCUUUUGGAGUGAUGCAGAAGAUGGUGGAGAAGGGGAUUUUGCCUGAUACAAUAACCUUCAAUUGUGUUAUGGAUGAUCUCUGCAAGUUAGGGAGGGCGGCGGAUGCGAAUGAAUUUAGGGUUUUUGCUACGGGUAAGGGUUUUGAUCCUAAUGGCGCGACAUUUUCGAUACUGGUGCGAGGGUUUGGGAGGGAAGGGAUGAAGAAGGAAGGGGAGAGGGUGGUGGAUGAAAUGUUGGAUGCUGGAUUCAUAUCAAAUAUAGCCAUUUAUAACAGAUUGAUGGAGGAUUUGAAUUCUCGUAAGUGA